AUGUUGCUGUGGCUGGUGAAGCGGUGCCCCACGGUGCCGGCAGUAGUGGUGGGCCUGAUCGGGGUGUCCCUCAUCAUCCUGGGGCUGGUUCACCCUGAUGUGGACCACCGGCCCACCCUGGCAGAGCAGAAGCACUUGCACCGGAAUGCGCUGGCAGAGCUGCAGAGGGAGCACGAGUUGGACUUCAACGUUACCGCCUUCGACUUCGGCGACGGCUUGGGCCUCGCUGCCGGCGCCGCCUGUAAAGCGGGCGAG